UGCUUUAACCCCGCAAUAACCUCAAGCUUCAAGUGUGGAAAGGCGACAAGGCAAGAUGAUAUAAUCCAUCUUAAACACAGAAUUUACAUUUUGAUAUACCAGCGAUUUCCAUAUUAUUGGUUGCUAGCCUGGAUUAAAGCUAGGAAUGAAUAAAGAUACAUCAUCGAUGAGUUAUCCCUUUAGUGAUCCGAGAAGUCCAGCAUCGUAUAUCACUCAUCCUUAAUUGGACUGGGUAUCUGAAGAAUGGCGUAGUAUAUCUUCAAGUCUGGAUCAUUAAACCUCCGAUCUAGACUCAAAAUAUGCUUUUGAGAUAGAAACAAUGUAUCCUAUGGAGGAGUUUUCCUGCAUAUUGCCGCCCAAUCUCCAUAUAUUAAAUCUCGGAUAAGGUUGGAAGACGAAGCUUCAUGAAAUCUUCCCAAAGAUGUGCUCGUAACCAAUGCUUUUCCCAUGCCCAAAGGGAUUUUGGUAACAUGCGGCUAUUGUUGAUUGUACCACCCACCGGCAUAAAAUCCGCUUUUUUCGUGAUAAAAGUUCCAAUAAAUGCCGCAGGGUCGCAGUUAAAACAAUAAAACCAUGAGGAAUUGCGGUUUCGGUACCAUUUGGCUGGUGCCUAGAUAUGCUGCAACCUCAUCGUGCUAUCAAUUAUGAAUGGCUGAUGGUGAUAGGAAACACGUUAUCUAAAGCCGGAUUUAUCUCUGCGGCAGUUUUCAUCCCGAUAAUCCCCCGAACCCAUAAUGGCUGCAAGAGUGGGCAAAUAGGUGAAUAUAUGUUCAGAUGUAUAGUAUUUCGAGCUGAUGCUGAUGCUGAUGAAUGAGUGACUUACAAAUUUGACUUACCCGGAAGAACACAUUCCAAUUCCAAUUUCGCCAUGGAUCUCAAACUUCGCCGAGCUACUGUAGAUGACAUCCCGCAACUUCAUCCGCUGAUCGAUGCUUCGGUCCGAGGUCUUCAAGUUGACCAUUACUCGCCAGCUCAAAUAGCCGGUGCUCUUAAAUCGGUAUAUGGCGUUGACACCCAACUCAUCAAGGAUGGAAACUACUUCGUAGUGACUUCUGGACAUCUGAUCGUGGGAAGUGGAGGAAUAUCUUUUAGGUCCACGUUAUAUGGAGGAGAUCAAUUUGCGACUCGAGAUUCCAAGCUUUUGAAUCCUGAAGUAGAUGGUGCCAGAAUUCGCGCAUUUUUUGUUCAUCCUGAUUGGGCACGCAGAGGAAUCGCUGGUAUGAUUAUCCGGGCUUGCGAGAAUGCUGCCGUAGAGGCGGGAUUCAAGAAGGCGGAGAUCGGCUCAACGUUGAGUGGAGUCGCUUUCUAUGAGAAAAUGGGCUAUGAGGCGUUAGGCAGAUCCGAUGCUCCUCUCGAUGAUGGAUUGGUAUUAGAGAUUGUGAAGAUGGGAAAGAGUUUGGUAUGAUCAGGCUCUUGGCACGGACGUGAAUGGUAGACUGAUGCUCCUCCUGGACAUCUAUCUUCUGCAGGGUGAAUUUGUUAUGGUAGGACCUGGAGAAGCGGGCUAUAUGUGACGACAACGAAUGAUUGUUCGAGAGCCAGUAUAUCGAGUGAUGCUGUGGUGUGGGACCUCGAUCCUACUGCUAAUAUAGGCAGAAUUAGCUUGACCAUUGACCAUGAUGCAAACACCGAGCUCAUUUCCCAUGGUAAAUUUUUAUCCAAUCGUGAUAUCUCUAAUCUAUGCCAAGGUAGGUAAGCUUAUUAUGCUCUUUUUGUGAUUGAGUUUCGAAAUUCAGAUGAAGAGAA